AUGAGCGCUACCAAGAAAACAACCACUCCUGAUAAGGGCGCUAUGGAGAGUGAAAAAAAUUUAGAAAAUGAUCUACGCAAUAUUGUAGAAGGCGUAGGCCAACGUCAACAAAUGCAAGAGAGUUCAGCUGCUUUUUUACGUAGUAACUAUAGACAUAAAAUUGCAGAUGUCUUUUUUGCUCUUUCCACCUAUACAUUUAGUGGUCUUUUACAUGUACAUGGUCAAAGUACAGCUCUCACAAGUCUUUCCCUGUGGGCAGCAGGAACGACAUUUCUAUUAAAUAUGCAAGUACGUAAAGUAUUUGAUUUACCAGAUGAAACCAAACGCCGUCAAGUAGAAACAGAAAUGAAUUUACAAGAGAGAAAUGUUUUUCAAUUGGAGAUGGUGGCUUCAUGGGUGUGGAUGCUUUCCUCUAUGCAGCAGUUUAAAUUACAUAGACGCAUGAAGUAUUGUGGUUACAGCAGCUGGAUGGGUUUGGGUACUUGUAUGUACUUUACAUUGCGGCAUGCGUAUAAUGUUCUCCUACUGGAGUAA